GAACAUGGAACUCUUUACGAAACUGGAAAAUUGAAUCCCUUACGAAGAAUUUGAGGGAAGAGAGAAAAUCGAGAUGAAGGAACCGCUGCAUAAAACGAAAGUGGUGAUAAGGCAUUUUCCGCCGUCAGUUACCCAAUCGUUUUUCUUUUCUCAAAUCGACGAACGUUUCUCUGAUCGUUACAAUUGGUUCUCCUUCCGUCUCGGCAAGUCCAGCCAUAAGCAACAGAGCUACUCUCGAGCUUACAUAAACUUCAAGAGACCGGAAGAUGUAUUUGAGUUUGCUGAGUUCUUUGACGGACAUGUAUUUGUUAAUGAGAAGGGUACUCAAUUUAAGGCCAUUGUUGAAUAUGCUCCUUCACAGCGAGUACCGAAGCCUAGCACUAAAAAGGAUGGUCGUGAAGGGACCAUUUUCAAAGAUCCUGAUUAUCUGGAAUUUCUCAAAUUGAUUGCAAAACCUGUUGAGAAUCUUCCUAGUGCUGAGAUUCAGUUGGAGAGGAAAGAAGCUGAACUAUCUGGUGCUCCCAAGGAAACUCCUGUUGUUACACCACUAAUGGAAUUUGUGCGUCAGAAGCGAGCUGCCAAGAGUGGAACUCAGGGGUCAAUAACAACAAGAAAGAAUGGCAGAAAAAUGGCUGGCAAGUCUGGAUCAAGUAGCAAGAGCUCUGAGAAGAAAAAGUAUAUUCUAAAAGACAGCGCAAAAAGUGCGAAAAAGUCCAAUUUUUUUGUAGCAUCCAAGCAAGAGGAUCAAUCAAUGACUUCUGUCACAAAAGAAAUAAGAGAGAAUGGAACUGUCUGUGGCAUUGAUGGUCCUGUAACUGGAAUUACUUUUGCUGCCGACUCUGGCAAGAAAAAGAUCCUUCUCCUUAAACAAAAAGACCGAGAGGCUCCUAAUGUGCCCGAGGGUGUAUCAUCUCCUGCAGCAAAUACACCUGGUUCAACUGCUUCAAGACAGGGUCAAAGACGCAAGGCCGGUGGAAAGUUAAUAAGGAGCAUACUUUUGAGAAACGAAGCAGGCCAAAAUCAAUCUUCAGCAGCAGUCCAGCCUCAGCAGAAAACUCAAGCCAUGAGUCCAGACACUGUCAAAAAACCUCCCCAGCCAACUAAUCCACGAUUGGGUAUGAAUGGUCAUGUUCCUAAUGAAAUGCCUGCAUUGAAAUCUGAUGGUGAUACUAAAAGAGUUUCAGAUGAUAAGUUCAUCAAAAAGGAACUUCAUGGUUCAGGUUCUGGAAGCGAGAAGCAUGAAAAACGUACAAGAAAUAAAGAUAGACCUGAUCGUGGUGUAUGGGCCCCUCUUAAUCGUUCUGAUUUUUCACAAUCUAGUGAAGAGCGUCUGACACCCCCCCGUCUCUUCUCGCAGUUCCAUGGAAGGUUCCAAUUGGCAAUUUGGUCGGGGCACAGCUACCCAUAAUAUUAAAGAUGAUGGAUCUAUCAUAUCAAGUGAGGGCAAGCCUUCCAAAAGAGGAGGUGCUACAAGCUCCGGAGCCCAUGAG